AGACGGAGAGACCCUCUGCGCACAAUGGACGUACAAACAUUUUUGGGAUGAAAACCUCGAUGGAAAACGUAUUUAGAGCACAGCCGAUCUGAUUUCUAUAAUGCAAAAUAAUACGGAUCGUUUACAUACUUUAAAAAAGUAGUUAUUUAUUUGAAAGGGUGAAUCUAAGAUUAGUGUGGCAAUUAGACUAGGGUUGUUAACGUUCGUUCAUCCUCUUCUGGACACAUCUUGAAAGAGAAGAAACUUUGCUUGGAACGCGUGCAAUACAAAUCAUGUUUGAUUACAUAGAUUUUUUUGCAGUUGGACCUGGAGAAAUCCUGGAUUUUUAUACCGCAAGUUCUUGUAUGUUCCAGGAGCGAUCGCUUUCGGCAUGCUUCACUGAACUAACUGAGGCGGAUUGGCAAGUGCGCCGGAGCGCGCAAUCUGUAGAGACCCAGAGCUCCAGCUCUGAAGACCUGUUUGUCAAUCCUCAGUCUCCUCUGCCACCUCCUCGCACCUACAAGCCCUGCUUUGUCUGCCAGGAUAAGUCCUCUGGUUACCACUAUGGCGUCAGUGCCUGUGAAGGCUGCAAGGGUUUCUUCCGUAGAAGUGUCCAGAAGAACAUAGCCUUUACGUGCCACAGAGAAAAAAACUGCAUUAUCAACAAAAUCACCCGGAAUCGUUGCCAGUACUGUCGACUACAAAGGUGCUUUGCAGUGGGCAUGUCCAAGGAGUCUGUGAGGAACGACAGGAGCAAAAGGAAGAAGGAGACUGUUAAGAUGACCGUAAUAGAGACCUAUGAGCUGACGGCAGAGCUGGGCCUCAUAGUGGAGAAGAUCUGCAGGGCCCACAGAGAUACAUUCCCAUCUCUCUGUCAGUUAGGCAAAUACACUACAAAUUCGAGCUCAGACCACAGGAUACAGUUGGAUUUGGGUCUGUGGGACAAGUUCAGUGAGCUGGCCACCAAAUGUAUUAUCAAAGUGGUGGAGUUUGCCAAACGUGUACCUGGGUUUACCGGCCUGACCAUUGCUGACCAGAUCACGCUCCUCAAAGCUGCUUGUCUGGAUAUUCUGAUUUUGAGGAUCUGUACCAGAUACACUCCUGGCCAGGACACCAUGACCUUCUCUGAUGGCCUGACACUUACCCGCAACCAGAUCCACAAUGCUGGCUUUGGGCCCCUCACUGACUUGGUGUUCACCUUUGCCGGCCAGCUCUUGCCACUGGAAAUGGAUGACACAGAGAGCGGCCUUCUUAGCGCCAUCUGUCUGGUGUCUGGAGACCGGCAGUGCUUGGAGGAACCAUCUAAGGUGGAGGUUCUUCAGGAGCCACUAUUAGAGGCCCUGAAGAUCUACUCCCGUAAGCGUCGUCCCAGUAUGCCCCUCAUGUUCCCCAAGGCCCUCAUGAAGAUCACUGACCUCCGGACCAUCAGCACCAAAGGAGCUGAGCGUGUGGUCACUCUGAAGAUGGAGAUCCCGGGCGCCUUGCCUCCUCUUAUCCAGGAGAUGCUUGAGGACCUGGAUAACCUGGAGAAGUCAGAGGCAGAGGGGAAGAGAGCAGAGCAGAAUGGAGGCCCUCACACAGUCACUAUGCUGUGUGACAUCUCUGCACACUACAUCGACUCUGGCCUCUUUGCCUGAGGUAAACCAUAUGUCAAAUUAACAGCACCUCAGAAAUAAGCUCAGAGAGGAGCCACAUAGCUAAAUGAUAACACGAACAACAGACACCACAACAGAUUGUUUGCUCAUGGUUUUACCUCAGAGUUUAGGCUCAAUUGUCUGUUUUAUGCUUUGUUUGCAUGAUAAAUAUAUCACAUGAAUUAAUACUUUACCUCAUUAAACCACUACAUUGUUAGUUUGAAUGUUUUUACUUGUGCAAGAUGGAUGUAUUCUUGUCCAGUUAGGUACAGUUUUACUGAUACUGAUGUGCUCAUGAGCACCCAUUGCAUAAAAAAAUCAUCAGGCAAAUUCUUAAAAAAGUUUAAUUACUGGAAUAAGUCAAGAGUCAAAAGGGAAAUGUAAAUACGAACAUGGUACAAUAUUUACACAAAUGACAUGAACAAAAUGGAGAGAAUAUAUGUAACAUGUUUUGCAUUUAUAACUGGAUAUAACCUAGUUUUUAAGAGUAACCUGUGUGUUGGUCAGUAUCUAGCAGGCUCUUAUGUUGUAAAUACAACAAACAAUCUGUGUAGUGCAGUCCUAAAAGUUACUCAUAUUAUAAUUAUAAUAAUGUAUUCAAGUAGCAGACACUUUUAUCCACAGCUACAUACAGUACAGGAGGAAUAUGAAUCUGCUUGUGCUGACCGCAGUCAAGUGCUAUAACUACUGAGCCAUACCCUCUCAUGAAGUCUUAAUAAUGUGGUUGUGUGAAUGGAUUCACAUUCCAUCUUGAAACAGAAUGACAUGGCAUGUAGUUCUUUGAAAGGAGGGGUGGCUAUUGGAUUUGUAACUGAUGUA